AUGACAUUAUCUACCACUGAAGCUGAGUACAUUGCCGCAGCUUCUUGCGCGUGUCAAUAUAUUUGGCUCAUGAGGUUGCUCGAAAAACUUGGGCAUAAAGGAGAAGAAGGCAGCCUAAUGUACUGCAACAACAGUUCAACAAUACAAUUAUCGAAGCACUCUGUGUUCCAUGAUAAAAGUAAACACAUAGAUGUGAAGUUUCAUUUUUUAAGAGACUUGGUGAAUGGAGGAACUGUGAAACUAAGGCACUGUAAUACUGAGAAUCAGAUUGCAGAUAUUAUGACAAAACCAUUGAAGAAAGAACAGUUUAUCAAGCUUCGAGAGAUGAUGGCUUCUACACUAUUAAGCAACAAGCAACAUUUUCCACCAGAGACUCAAAACCAACUGCCAGGCAAACAAUAUAUCGUGCACCCACUUCCUAAGUCCAUAAAUCCUGACUACAAGCCUUCCAACAAGCUCCAAGGGAAGAUAGCACUAGCGACAGGAGGAGACUCGGGUAUAGGAAGAGCAGUAUGCUACUAUUUUACAAUAGAGGGAGCAACUGUUGCCUUUACAUACGUGAAAGGUAUAGAGGAUAAGGAUAAGGAUGACACCCUGCAGUUUCUUGACAAAGCGAAAGCAGCCGAUGCUAAAGAUCCUAUUGCCAUUGCUACCGAUGUUCAAUUCGAAGCAAACUGCAAGAAGGUUGUUGAUCAAGUUGUCAGUGAGUUUGGAAAGAUUGAUAUUCUAGUGAAUAAUGCGGGGGAACAACACUCUGCUAAAGGAGCUGUUGUCACCUUCACAAGGAGUCUGGGCCUUCAGCUUAUAAACAAGGGAAUUCGUGUCAAUGCUGUGGCACCAGGUCCUGUCUGGACGCCAUUGCAACCAGCAUCUCUACCAGCUGAGAGGGUAGCCACCUUAGGGAACGAGGUGCCAAUUUUAAGGGCAGCACAACCUUAUGAGAUUGCACCUUCUUACGUCUUCCUGGCAGCCAAUGAGUGUUCCUCCUAUAUCACUGUCCAAGUUGUGGAUCCUAAUGGUGGUCUGAAUGUUAGUGGUUAA